UAAUUGAAUUAUUGAACUUCAGUUAAUUACGAGAUCCGGACUUAAUUUCUUCGCGGUCCGCGGGAUAUAUACCAAAGCUGACCUGCGCAGUCUUUUAUCGGGAUUUAAUUGUUUGUUUCCAAUUUUGAGAGAAAACGAAGAUUCCUGGUCCUGACAUGUCUUCAAUGGUCGAUUUGACCUGAUGUGAUAUCUUCUGUUGAAUUAUGUGAAACAAACAGUGCGUUUUCGUUGAAUUGUAGUGGAUGUGUUAUUCAGAAUUGUUAAAAUGACCAAAUCUUCGAUAUCUAGUCAGUUGUUGCUCAGUGGUUUGUUGUUGGUUCUUCGGUUUUCUUCAGGCGAGGACACGGAUUCUAUAAUUUUCGAAUCCACCCAUCAUCAUCCCCACUCAGUAAGGGAGAUUGAUUCUAGAGGGUUAUCAGAUUCGGGAUAUACUCCUUGUCGAACGGAAGAAGGCAACGGAAAAUGUGUAGAAAUAAUAAACUGCCCUCCUGCCAUAAAAGCCAUAAGAACUCAGAAGACGCACAACUUGAGGAGAUGCGGAUGGCAUGGAAAAAUAGAGGUUUUGUGCUGCCCAAACGAGUUCAUAGUCGAUUUGACCACUGCCUCCCCUGACAUGUGGCUCAGGAAUAUAAGCGAACCUUCAGAUCGCGUCAAAUCCAGUACUAGGAGUCCCCAAACCACAGACCAACACACCAGGUUGAAAAACAGGAAAUGCACACAAGUUUGUGAGGAAUAUUCGAACGAAAUCAAACCAGACCUCACCUUCCAUAUAAUCGAAGGUGAAGAUGCAGAACUCAAGGAAUUCCCACACAUGGUAGCCCUCGGUUACAAUUCCGAAACUAUCGGUGAGAUAAAAUGGAGCUGUGGCGGUUCUUUGAUCUCCAGACAAUACGUGCUGACCGCAGCUCACUGCAUCAUCAAUGCCGAUCAGAACCCUCCCGUGAAAGCGAGAAUGGGCAUCGUUAAGCUGGAAGACAACCCGAAUGCCAAUCCUAAACCUCAAGACUACGACAUUGUGAACAUCACAAUCCACCCUGAUUACAAGAAAUGGGAGAAACUCAACGACUUGGCUCUAGUCAAGCUGAGCAAGAGAGUGACCUACACCGAUUAUGUUCAUCCAGCUUGCCUGUACGAUAAAGAUGACGAUCCUCUGGGAAUGGUUGUGACAGGUUGGGGGGACAAGGAAAUGGCUGGAGAAGGAAGUAAUAUACUUCAGAAAGCAAAACUCACUUCAGUAUCUCUGCGUGAAUGCAACGUAACAUAUUUGACAAGGGCCAGUAAAUACCUACUAAGUACUCAAAUUUGUGCAGCAGACAACAAGAGUGACACUUGUCAGGGGGAUUCUGGGGGACCUCUCCAAGUACAAAACAUCGCCAAUAGCAGUGUCUACAGCAUAGUAGGUAUAACAUCUUAUGGAAUAGGAUGUGGUAGUAAAUAUCCCGGAAUUUAUACCAGAGUUUCAAGUUACCUCGACUGGAUUGAGGAGAUUGUUUGGGGAAAUUCGUGAUUACAUGUGAUAUUAUUCAGGAAGACGAAAAAAUCCUAUACGUUUGAUGGCCUCAGAUUCUAUUGUUAUGUGCCAAUAACAUGGGAUUCAAUCACAAAAACACAAACUUUAAACGGAUGAACAAUUUUAUUCAAUUAAACAUUCAGUAGAACGCAACAUAUCUGAUAAAAAUGUAUCAUUUUGUACUGAUACACAAAUAUAUUUCUUCCAAUUA